CGUGGGCUCGGUGUUGGCGGGAGCCGAGCGGGGCGCGUCGUCUUCGCGGUCCGGCGUGGGCUGGCUCUGGGGCAGGGGCUUGCGGGCAGCGCUCCCCGCCUCGGGCCGGCGGGAUGCGGGUGGCUGUGGCCGGUUGCUGCCACGGCGAACUAGACAAGAUCUAUGAGACGCUGGCGCUGGCGGAGAGGCGCGGCCCCGGGCCGAUAGAUCUUCUGCUGUGCUGCGGCGACUUCCAGGCGGUGCGCAACGAGGCCGACCUGCGUUGCAUGGCCGUCCCGCCCAAGUACCGCCACAUGCAGACCUUCUACAGGUAUUACUCUGGAGAGAGAAGGGCCCCAGUUCUCACAAUCUUCAUUGGGGGAAACCAUGAAGCCUCAAAUCAUUUGCAAGAGUUACCCUAUGGUGGCUGGGUGGCACCAAACAUUUAUUAUUUAGGUUUGGCUGGUGUAGUAAAAUACCGAGGCAUAAGGAUUGGUGGCAUCUCUGGUAUCUUUAAAUCUCAUGACUAUCGAAAAGGUCAUUUUGAGUGCCCCCCUUAUAAUCCAGCUACGAUAAGGAGUAUAUAUCAUGUGAGAAAUAUUGAAGUCUAUAAAUUAAAACAGCUAAAGCAGCCUAUGGACAUAUUCUUAUCUCACGAUUGGCCAAGAGGGAUAUAUCAUUAUGGAAAUAAGAAGCAACUUCUUAAGACUAAAUCUUUUUUCCGACAAGAAGUGGAAAAUAACACAUUGGGAAGUCCUGCUGCCUCUGAGCUUUUAGAGCACUUAAAACCUACUUACUGGUUUUCUGCACACCUUCACGUGAAGUUUGCAGCCUUGAUGCAGCAUCAGGCCGGGGAUAAAGGACAGACAGCUAAAGCAACCAAAUUUUUAGCCUUGGACAAAUGCUUACCACAUAGAGAUUUUCUUCAGGUAAUAGAAAUAGACCAUGACCCCAAUGCUCCUGAGUACUUAGAAUAUGAUAUCGAAUGGCUUACUGUUCUUAGGGCUACCAAUGAUCUUAUUAAUGUGACUGAGAGGCUAUGGAAUAUGCCUGAAAAUAAUGGCCUGCAUACAAGAUGGGAUUAUAGUGCAACAGAAGAAGCUAUGAACAAAGUGUUGGAAAUACUGAAUCAUGACCUCAAAGUUCCAUGUAACUUUAGCAUAACAGCUGCUUGUUAUGACCCUAGCAGACCACAGACACAAAUGCAGUUGGUUCAUAGGAUCAAUCCUCAAACUACUGAAUUUUGUGCCCAACUUGGCAUCACUGACAUGAAUGUCAGGCUUCAGAAGGCCAAGGAAGAACAUCAUUUGUGUGGGGAAUAUGAAGAGCAGGAUGAUGUGGAGAGUAAUGACUCUGGAGAAGACCGUAGUGAAUAUAACACAGAUACGUCUGCCCUGUCCUCUAUUAAUCCAGAUGAAAUAAUGUUAGAUGAAGAAGAGGAAGAUGAAGAUAGUAUUAUAAGUACACGUAGUGACAUGAAUACACCAUCUGCAGAACCUUCUUCUGAUCAAGCUUCUGACUUCUCUGCAAGCUUCUCUGAUGUCAGGAUCUUGCCGGGUUCCAUGAUUGUAUCUUCUGAUGAUACAUUGGGUUCUCCAGAUGGCAGAGAGAGGAACCCUGGUGAGGCUCUGGAGUCAGGGGAUGGAAAGGACUUAACUGAGUUGCCAUCAAAGAGGCUGAGUGAUGAACAUGAACCUGAACAAAGAAAGAAAAUUAAGAGGAGGAAUCAAGCCAUCUAUGCUGCAGUGGAUGAUGAUGAUGCAGCAUAAGACAAUUUACUUGUCUUAGUAUUAUUAUAUGUAGAUAUGUGAUUUUUGAGACCGUAUUUUUAGAGUUGGAUUUUUGACUCAAGAUUAAUUUUAUAAUAAUGAAGAUACAUAAAGUUUUAGUUAGGUAUUGACUUUGUCUUUAGUCCUUUGUAUAUUUCAGAAAAAAAAUAUUAAAAUUUCAUAUAUUUACUUGA